AAAUUUGCAUAAUCAUCUGCUACUAUAAAUUGACACCUUUUCAGUGCCGAUAACAUCAAAAACUCAUUCACAUUUUCUCCUGUUUUCCCCUGAUUUUAUCUAAUAGUUAUGGUAUCAGGACGUGGAAUCUCAUCUGAUCUUCUUUCCUGCUUAUUUAUCUUCGCGGCGGCCAGCCUAUGUUUCAGUUGUGUUUAUGGAGAUUAUGGCGGUGGUUGGAUGGAUGGUCACGCCACGUUUUAUGGCGGUGGUGAUGCAUCAGGAACAAUGGGAGGAGCAUGUGGGUACGGAAAUUUGAACAGUCAAGGAUAUGGAACUAAUACAGCUGCACUCAGUACUGCCUUGUUCAACAAUGGGUUAAGUUGCGGGUCGUGUUACGAACUGAGAUGUGAAAACGAUCCUAGAUGGUGCCACCCUGGGUCAAUUCUCGUUACAGCAACAAAUUUCUGUCCUCCUAACCCUGCUCAGUCCAAUGAUAAUGGUGGUUGGUGCAAUCCUCCUCUACAACACUUUGAUUUAGCUGAGCCUGCAUUCUUGCAAAUCGGAACAUACCAAGCUGGAAUCAUUCCCGUCUCAUUCAGAAGGGUAUCCUGUGUGAAGAGGGGAGGCAUAAGGUUUACCAUAAACGGUCACUCGUACUUCAACUUGGUGUUGAUCACCAACGUUGGCGGUGCCGGUGAUGUUCAAUCUGUGUCAAUUAAAGGGUCUAAUUCAGGAUGGCAAGCCAUGUCAAGGAAUUGGGGACAAAAUUGGCAGAGUAACUCGUACUUAAAUGGGCAAAGCCUCUCGUUCCAAGUAACCACCAGUGAUGGAAGAACUGUUCUUAGUAAUAAUGUUGCACCUUCUGGUUGGCAAUUCGGACAAACAUUCGAAGGAAGCCAAUUCUAAAUGGAUUCGACUCGAAUCAUAUCUUCUACAAUUACUGCUAUUUAUGUAAGAGGAAGAAUAUAGUUUAAUUUGUUUGUAUAUCUAAAUCAAAUUGAGGAAUAGUACGAGUAGUUUAAAGUCGUCUACAUCGAAAAUGAGUGUAGCAGUGCUUAUAGAUGCACUCUUAUGAGUCCAUAUCUGUUGCAGUAAAUAUUUAUGAAGUCACUUUUGGUAGUUGGGAUUUUCAAUUUCAUAAACUGUAAAGGGCAAUAAUGUGUUAUGCCCAUAUCGAAAUCAUAAGAGAAUCAGGAUAUAUAGUUGCAAUCA